AUGGCGAAUCUAGCACGAGCCAGUGAUGAUGCUGUCAGCUGUUCAGUGAUGUUGGAGAUUUUACGUUCUCUAGCUAAUCUCUCUACACCUCUCAAACACGGCGUCAUCUUCCUGUUCAACGGGGCAGAGGCGAACAUGCUGAAGGUGAGAGGGAUCGAUCUUGCGUUCAUAGAGAACGGUUACCUUUAUCACACUAAAUAUGACACUCCGGAGCGAAUCCACAUCGACUCCAUCCAGAGAGCAGGCGACAACAUCCUGUCUGUGCUCAAGCACCUGGUGAUGUCAGAUGAGCUGGCGGAUUCCUCGGAGCAUCGGCAUGGUAACAUGGUGUUCUUCGACCUGCUGGGAUUGACGAUGGUGGCGUAUCCCGCUCACGUCGGCACCAUCAUCAACUAUGUGUUUGCCGUCGCCACGGUGAUCUACCUGGGCUGGAAGUGCAUGUUGAACAGCUCUGUGGGCUGUCGGUGCACACGUGAUCUGGCGCGUGUGUGUAUUGCUGUAGGCUGUCGGUACACGCGUGAUCUGGUGUGUGCGGUGGUUAUGGUGGUCCUGAGCUGGGGCAUGGCUCUGCUGACGGUUCUGUUGGUGGCUUGGCUCGUCACACUCAUGGGUCGCUCCAUGUUCUGGUACACACACUUCUACGCUGCCGUCUCUCUGUACGGAUCCGCUGCCGCCAGCAUGAUCCUGCUGAUACACACGCUAGCCAAGAGCCUGUACUACAGGGUGAGUGAGGGGACAAAACACACCACACAUGACAGUGCUCUUGUGAAACGUCAUCAGUCAAUAUGACUUUAUAUUUUUGGUUUUAAAUAUACCCGAAGAAGACAAUAUGAAUGCCAAUUGAUAAAUGUUAGUGUAGGCAAGGCAAAAAUGGCAAUAUAUGUUUGCAGACAGAAAGUAAUUGAACAAAAAGGUGAUUAUAAUGUUGAAAUCUAGACUGCUAAUUAAUUUUUUAAUACGUUUAUGAAUGUUUGAAAAUAUAUGGUUGUGUUCUGUUUUGGAAAACAUUUUUCACAAUUUCUAUAAAUAUGAUGUGAUUAAAAUUUUAAAGCUUUUAUAUUUUUUAAUAUUUCUCUCUCUCU